AUGCUCGCUGCUAGAAGGAGUCCCAAAUGGCUUAUGGCCGCUGUUGUGAUCUCCCUGGUCACAACUUUCUACAUCCUCAACGACGAUACCCCACGUCCGUGGUCCGGACACGGGUCUUUCUCAACCUCAGACAGCUCGAGAUGGAAGGUCUCCGGUGACUACUUCUGGAAACAAGUCCCAACUCACUAUCCUCCCACGUCGAUUCGGCCGCUUCCCACGGGGAAGGUCACGCCGUUCCCCAAGGUCCAGGCGACCAAAUUCCCAGCAGAAACGAUACAACAGCGUGACAGGCGGAAAUUCCAUCGAGACGCCGUCAAGCAGGUCUUCAAAAAGUGUUGGAAGUCAUACAGGGAGAAAGCAUGGCUCUCUGACGAGCUCACGCCCAUCAGCGGCAAGUCGCGCGACACCUUUGGCGGCUGGGGUGCAACCCUGGUCGACUCGCUCGAUACUCUAUGGAUCAUGGGAAUGAAGGCUGAGUUCGAGGAAGCCGUUGACGCUGCCGUCACAAUCGACUUCACCAAGAGCCAGCACGAGGAAAUAAAUGUCUUCGAGACCACCAUUCGGUAUUUGGGUGGAUUCCUGUCAGCCUACGACCUGAGCGGCGACCCGCGACUGUUGAGGAAAGCAAACGAGGUUGGUGAGAUGCUCAUGAAAGCGUUUGACACUCCCAACAGGAUGCCAAUCACUCGAUGGCACAUCAACUCCGCUGCAGCGGGCGAGAGACAAGAAGCGCCCGAUGAUGUGCUCGUGGCUGAGAUUGGCAGUUUGACAAUGGAGUUCACAAGGCUGUCGAUCUUGACCGGAGAUCCAAAAUGGUUCGACGCAGUGCAACGUAUUACCGACAUCUUCCGCAAGCAGCAGAUGACAACUUCGCUGGCCGGCAUGUGGCCUUUGGUCGUGAACGCCAAAGAGGAGGUGUUCAAUCAAGGGUCGCACUUCACCCUAGGAGCUAUGGCCGACUCGGUUUUUGAAUAUCUGCCCAAGAUGUCGGCCCUGCUUGGGGGUAAGCUUCCAGAGUACCAGGACAUGUACGAGAAAGCCAUGGACGCUGCGAGCCAGUGGCUUCUGUUCCGCCCACUGACGCCCACGAAUGAGGACAUUCUUAUAUCUGGUCGCAUCGAAACCCACCAAGAGGGAGGCAACAGCUACGUUACCCCCCAGCGAGAAGGCCAGCACCUUGCCUGUUUCGUCGGUGGUCUUUACGCCCUGGGAGGCAAGCUCUACGGGAGGAAAGACCACCUUGAUAUUGCGACGAAGCUCACCGAAGGAUGCAUCUGGGCGUACAAGGCGUCACCUCAUGGCGUCAUGCCGGAGACACUUUACAUGGCAUCGUGCCGCUCCAAGGAAGAUUGCGAAUGGAACGAGAACGAGUGGCAAAAGCAAGUUCUGUCUGUAGCUGGUGAACAGCCCACAGGCGACUUCGACUAUGACCUCGGCCGCGCGCAUGCGAUCAUCGCCGAGAACAGACUGCCAGAAGGCUUCACAAGGAUUCCGGACGGCCGGUAUAUCUUGCGGCCUGAAGCGAUUGAGAGUGUGUUCAUUUUGUACCGCGCGACUGGUCGCGCAGAUUUGCUGGACUCAGCGUGGCAGAUGUUCACGGCUAUUGACAAGGUUACGUCGACGAAAUUUGGGAACUCGGCGGUUGACAAUGUCAUGAGUCCAGAGAAACCGUCAGCCACGGACUCAAUGGAGAGCUUUUGGCUGGGGGAGACUCUUAAAUAUCUCUAUCUGAUAUUCAGCGACCCCGGGGUGGUGAGCCUUGAUGACUUUGUUUUCAACACUGAGGCGCACCCAUUCAGGCGGUUGAAGAGAUGA